AUGUCGAAGCCAUUCAACCCCGAGGAGGCGGAGAACCUGGAGGAUAUGGAGAAGCAAUUCGCCGUGAAAGCCGUCGAGCAUCUCAUGACAUACUGGGCUAUCCUCGAGAAGGUCAAGGGUUCGCAGCUCCGUUUGACUAAGCAGGACAACGAGAUUUACGAGUCCUUCAUGGAGGCUUUCCCCGACUUCGACCCCGCCGGUGAGCUUAACGAGGACCAGAUGAAGAGCAAGGCCGGCAAGGAGAAGUGGCGCACUUGGAUGAUGCAGUGGGAGAAGAUCGACGACUUCAACUUUGGCACAAUCAUCCGCACCCGCGCCAACGCUGAGUACGACCAGGAUACCACCAUCUUCGGUGUGCGCAUGCAAUUCUAUGCUGUUGAGAUCGCCAGAAACCGUGCCGGUCUCAACGACUGGAUCUACGAGAAGGCCCAGAAGGCUAGCUCUUGA